CGUAGUGGGCACUCCACUCAUCGUGUCGUCUACGGGUUCGUGAGGCUGUGAGCCGCCCGGGCGAACGAGCGAGCAAGCGAACGUCGGUCGAGUGGGUCUAAGCGGCCGUGAGGACCUCUCCAGGAACCCAACAGUCCUCUCCAUUCAUUCAUCCAUCCAUCCAGCCAGCCAUCCAUCUAUCCAUAGAGCCGCUCCUCUCUCCGGAGAGAGAGUGUAUCCUCGGCGAAGGUGGAGGCGAAGAGUAGAGUGGCACAUCUACCAUCGUCUAUCGGCAGAGUCCAAGGACUUGAAGACCCUCUGGGUGAUUUCAGUCGGCCGCCGGCCGGCUCUGCCGGCCACUCCUCAUCCACGUGUUUUUAUUUUAUAUUCCUUGGUCAAUUUGUGCAACUAAACAGUGUUUAACGUGAGCCCAAGUGUUACUGUGAACUGGCUAAAAUUGUGCGGACAUGGGACACGUGCAACUUCUUACUCCAGGGACCAGGACGUCUGAUGACAGCAAGCCGGUAUUGGCUUUAGCUACUUAAUAUGUACAUCUAGUGAGUUGUUUUUAUUGUUAUAAUAGUAAAUACUUUGGUGAAAACAGUGAAAAUUACAUUACAAUGGUGCAAAGUGCAUGGUGAUUAACUCUAAGGAUAUCUUCAUUUCGACUAAAUACUACUAUUGGUAAUAUAGUAUAAGGCUACUGACUAAAAACAGUUUAUUUUUUACAAUACGGUAUACCAUUAAAGAGUGAAUAUUUUUUAUCUUCUUUUUUUUGUUCGACUAAACUAUAAAUGAUAAGUAAGUUUAAAUAAGCAAGCAUCUAUAAAAGAGAUGAGACUAGAUCAGUUGGUAAUUUAAUAACCAUACAGAACCUUAAAAAUAAAUACCCUGAAGUAUUUGGACGGCGUUAAGUUCGCCGAGAUGAGCGGCGGCAGUGGUGGAGGUGGAAAUGCUGGCAAUCAAGGUAGCAAUAAUGCUACAAGUUAUCAUCAACAUCAGCAACAGCAAAGCCAAUUGGAACAAACCGGCCUACUGCCGGACCUCAAUGGGGUCGAUUUGGCGAUGAGUUUAUCCCCAAAACAGCAUACAUCUCACGUACAAGGUGGCGCACAUUCGACACCAUUUAGUGUAACAGAUAUUUUGUCGCCAAUUGAAGAAUCUUAUCGUAAAUUAGAGCUUGCAGCAGCAGCAGCCGCCGUCGGGGUUGGAGUCGGUGUUGUAUCACACCCUCAAGGCUCGCCUUAUACAAACGCUUGUGGCGCUAGAGUUGGUGGUAAUACAGGAAGUUCAAGCGCUAGUAGUGGAAGUCCACCGCUUCACGGUGGUUCAACACCAGGAGGUAGUACACCCGGACCUAUUAGCGGUGCAAACGGUAGUGGUGGAGCCGGUACGGCUAUUGGAAAUGGUGGAAUGAGUGCCAUGGGUAAUCCUUAUGCUACAAUGCAAUUGACCUCACAGUAUCAAUAUUGUGCGGCUGAGUUAUCGCCUUAUCAUCAUGCUGGACCAGGGGUUGGUGCUGGUGGUUCGGCUUCAGAUCCAAUGCGAUCUCAUGCUGUAUCAUCACAUCAUCAUCCGUGGUAUGCACCUGCACCACCCACCACUAACGAUCCACGAUUUGCCAUAUCGCGGCUAAUGGGGGCUGCGGGUGCCGGGACCAAUAUGGCAGGAUGUUCUGUUGGCCAGUCAAUGUCUGACGUUGGCAAGUCAUCAGGAAUGGGCGUAGGUGUUGGCGUUGGCGUCGGUGUUGGUAUGGGUGUCGGUGCGAUGCAAUUUCCCCUGGCACAGCGACGCAAACGACGGGUUCUCUUCACUCAAGCACAAGUUUAUGAAUUGGAAAGGCGAUUUAAACAGCAAAAGUACCUCAGUGCACCUGAACGUGAACAUUUAGCUUCACUUAUUCAUCUGACACCGACACAGGUUAAAAUUUGGUUCCAGAAUCAUCGGUAUAAAUGCAAAAGACAAGCGAAAGAGAAGGCUAUGGCUGAACAAAACGCACAGAAUCAGAGUGCGAGUUCGCCCCGUCGGGUAGCAGUCCCAGUCCUGGUAAAAGAUGGAAAACCAUGUGGUAGUGGAGGUGGGGGUGGAAAUGAAGGCAGUCGAGGUGGACCCAGUGCUGCGUUGGCAAGUCCGGCUCCACAUAUGACCGCAGCUUCAAGUCCCCAUGGAACUCACCAUGGCGCAAGUGUAUCCCAUCAUUCAGUAGUUGGUGUUAGUCAUGUAAUGUCUUCUAGCCAAAGUCUUCAGCAUUGUUCUUACACAAGAGCUGGUGCCCAGCAAGGCAUGCAACAGCAACAACAAGCCCAAUGUGGGGCUUAUUUACCAUUACAGGGUAGAGCCUGGUAGUGCGCGCCAUCCGCGGCGGGGGCCGCGGCCUACGCCAAUCCCUCCGUCGCAGGCCCCUGGGCCCUCGCCGCGGAUCCGGCUGCCUGGUAUGCUAUUCCUGAUGACAGCCCGUGAAUAUAAUUCACCAAUUGCCAAUUUUAUACUAAUUAAAAUUGUGUAUUUUCAAUAUCUUUCAAUAUAUAUAUAAUAUAUUAUUGUAUAUUAGAAUGGAAAUGAAAAAUUCAAAACAUUUGUAAAAAAAAAUUAAAAACCAGUGAAAGUUUUAUAAUUUUUACUAUUAAAAUUUGAAAGUAUCAGACUUUGUAAAAUGAUUAAUCAUUAAUCAAUUGCGGUGAUAUAAUAGGUUUUAUCAGUGAUUUAAAAAAUUAAAAAAUAAAGACAAAUUGGGUUGCGAUUGGACAAAUUUUUUAAAAAAUAUAUAUAUAUCAAAAAUAAACAUUUAUAGCAUCAGUGAAGACUUUUAUCAAUGAGUGACAUAUAUUAGAUGAAAAAGUGUUUUCUUAUAGAGAAAAAAAAUGAUUUAGAAUGAUGUUAAUAUAAUUGACGUCAUUAAAAAUGUCCAUAAUACUUUUUAUUUAAAUUGUGUACUUCAAUUGGUGAUUAUACGAUUGUGUAUAUAAGUAAAAUUAGCUUGUAAAAGAAAAGUGUCAUAUAGAGUUAAAGUAUUGAUGGGGUUCAAAAAUAAUGAAUAAAUGAAACGAAACGACUGCACACAUGAGGUACGAAGGGAUUCGAAUCUACAUUUAUGUGCAUUCGGAAUAGAAAAAAUAUUUUUAUUUUUAUUUUAAAAAUGUUUUUUCUUAGGACCUCAUUUGUGCAGCAAAAAGUACCGGGCGCAUGGAAAUUUUUAUUAUUAUUAUUAUUAAUAUUAUAAUUAUUAUUAUUUUUUUUAAAUAUAGUGAUGAAUAAAAAUAAGACAUGUAAAUAUAUAAAACCCUCGUCCCACUCGAGAAUAUAGUGGCUGGGGACUGUUCUCGACGUACCAACGAAUUUUUAAGAUUUGAUGAUAUGACGCGGUGUUAUACAAGUAAUGUUAGAAAAAUAUAUAUUAAUAUAACAAUUAAAACAAAGAAGAGAGUUAAUAAAAUAAUUAAAAAAAAAAUUAAUAAUUAAAAAUAGUGGGUAGAGAAUGAGGGUGAAAAUGAAACUAGUAGAAAUUAUUAUUAAUAUUAUUAUUAUAAAGUUUUGUAAAUAAUUUAAAAAAAGAGAUAUUAAUAAAAAUAAUACUAAUACGGAUAAAAAAUAUUGUGGUAUAAAGUUAGUAAUUUUAUUUUUUUAAUUUACAGUUUAUUAUUAUACUUUAAUUAUUUUGAGGAUUACAAUGAAAUAUAUAUUUGAAUCCUGCGUAUUAUUGAUUGUACCGACUCGCACAAUGCCAAUAAAACUAAGAAUGUUUCAUUACAUUUUGCGCGUUUUUAUAUACAUAUAUAUUGACGAUUGUGAGCAGCACAAAAAGCCUUCUCUUGGUUACUUUGAUAGUACCAUGGAAACCCCUGGCAAAUAUUAUCAACUCCCCUGUUAAAGUACGAUUGCGAUUAUACCAAAAGGUAAGCCGAUCUUCUGAAUUCAACAGCAUAUAUAUAUAGAUAUAUAUCAAACUUCAAAAACAUGCCAUCUAUCAAUUACCUAAAUUUUUUUAUUUUAUUUAAUAUAUAAGUUUAAUCUGUUCAUUAUUAUUUGAUUGUUUAUCACUUAUUUGUAUUGAAAAAUAAAAUAAUUUCUUUUAUAUAAUUU